UCUUUUCCCCCUUUCAUAGGCUGAGGGAGAAGACAACCUGAAGAAAAUGCAGUUGAUGGAACUGGCCAUCCUAAACGGCACCUACAGAGACACAAACAUCAAAACACCCACCCUUGCGUUUUCUCUUGCAGCAGCUGCCGCGGCAGCACAGGGGACCCGGCUCAUAGCCGCGCCUUCAGGGCAAGUUCUCCCACCUGCUGGCAUGAGACCCCCCACACCGGGGACCCCCAUCAUGAAUAUCAUCCGGCCCAUGCAAGCGGCCGCGAUGAUGCAAAACGGGACGCCCACCUUAAUGCCCCAAUCUCCAGAUGGUGGCAUCAUCUACGCAUCUCCAUACGAUUACCCAUAUACACUGGCCCCAACUUCUCUACUGGAAUAUCCCAUAGAACACAGCGGGGUUCUAGGUAAGCGUCCUUGGGGCUUUGGGACAAUGAUAAACCCUGGACAGGAAGGCAGCUUUUUAUACAAUGGCUUUCUGGAGGCAGCAUCUGGGAACCCCAGUCAUGAGUUGUUAAAAGGUGCAAUGGCAACUAAAGUGCGGAGACAUGACCCGCGGGUCCAUCCUUACCAAAGGAUUGUGACCGCAGACAGAGCCGCCACCGGCAACUAACACAUGACCUUCUGACCUCUGAAAUCUUCACCCAGUGAUGAGCUGACCAUGCCUGCCUGCUGAUCAGUUAACCGGUAAUCGCCUUUGCUUGCCUGUCUCGGACACAGCGAGCUGAGGCACUGUCCGCAUUGUAACCUAACAACAACUACAACAACCACCCAGCAAACUGUUAUCGGAGUCUCCGCUUGUAGUCUGGUUUGGGUGAAUGUGUUAUCCCAGAAUCUGCACUGAAUAACUUAAGCAAUAAGGUGAACCCCUCUCCCCCAGUCCUUCACAGCUCUCCUUCAGUGGCCACCUCUAAAUAAAGCAAAAGGCUAACAACUGGUAAGACAAAUUCUCAUUAACUGCACUGACAGGGGGCUGUGCUCAAACUUUCCUGCCCCCCUCCCCCCUUCUCCUAAAAACACACUCACACAAACUACUCUAAUGUCAUUUCACAUGUAGUCCUGUCUCGAAGCUCUGAAACCUUUGUGCCGACACAUUGUGGGUGUGGCUGCCUUUUCACGCAUGGCUAAAUUGACUGCAAAGAAGCAUUCUCUGCCAACAUAAAAAAAAAAUGCAAUUCCAGAAGAAAAAGAGCUACAGUAUUUUAUGUAUUGCAACUGCAUUAGCUCCAUACAAACAUUAGUUUUUGUGUUUGUUUGUGCUAAAUACUAAAGUUUCCAUAAAAAGAUGAGCUAUCUAGCCCUAGUAAACUAGAGUAACUAACAGACCUUCCCUCAAUAUAAAUGGCAAUAUUUUAAUGUAUGCCAAGAUUUGAGGGCAUUUUAUUAACCUUAUGCUUAUUUGGGGUUUAUGCCAAAUGAAUGUCGAAUUAAGGGUGUAACAUGUGUGCCAAGGUGCACGGAGAGGCAAGCUCCCCGCUUCACCAUUUUUUUUUCUGUGCUAUCUCCUAUCACAGAUGAAAAUGUGUUUUUCUUCAUGCAACUGAAGCCUGUAAACACUAAGGGACUUCUGGGGUGGGGCACUCCACUUUAGGAGAUGCGUGUAACAUGAUUUUUGUAAUUAUUUUUUGGUGUUUGUUUGGUGCCUUUUCCAUGAGCAUGGUGCAUCCACAAUGUGUCGCACAAUACCUGCAGUUUCAGCAGAGCUCUUUUGUUGUAUGAUCUUUUUGUUUUCUUUUACUCUUUUGAACAAAAAAGGAUGUAAAAGCCAUGCUUGCCUGUUCUGAUUGCUCUAUACCUGUUCUAUAAAGUGUAGAUAAGUCCUUGCAUAGAACCUACAGAGGAUACUUUUACAGGGUGCUGGUGAAGAAAAUAUAUUUUUGGCAAUUUUAGCUUUUUAUACUUAACUUGCAGUUACAAAAUACUAAAAAAAAAAAAAAAAAAAAAAAAAAAAAGAAAAAAAUGUAUACUAGAAAAAGUGAUAAUGGAUAGUAGUGGCUGGGAAAAGAACGACCAAAAUAGCAUAUCUAGGAAUGUUGCGAGAAACGUAGAGGAGAAUUUAAAAGUGCCUUAUCAACAGGUUUUUGUUUUAUUAUUAUUAUUAUUAUUAUUAUUAUUAUUAUUUAUUUUCUAAGUAUUAACAUUAUUAAAUUCAGUCCGGUGCACGCCACCCAGAAAGACUGGACAGAAACUUCUUGAUUCUUAACAAGGAUGGUCUGGAGUUGAUACGUAGCUAUAAGAUCCUUGAAGUCUGUAGCCGUUCAAAUUAUCCUAUGCAAGUAGCUUUUACUCAACCAGCUAAAUAUCUGUGCCAUAAUUUGUCUUCCUCGGUUUAGUUUUUUUUUUUUUUUUCUUAAUCCCUGUCUGCCAUUUGAACAAAAAGAAUACUUUAUACGUACAAAGAAUAUAAACAAACUGCCACUUGCAAUGCAAAGACCUGCUGGGCUGCCUUUUUAUAAAGAGGGUGACAGAGUAAGCACUUGCUAUGUAAACCGCUUAUUUGAAUAACUGAAAACCCUGAUCAGACCCCCCUCCCCCUCCCCCCAACCUCCACUCCUUGUUGGCCUGUCCAACGUCAUAGACCAGUUAGUGGGAUAUACUGUUGGUCUGGCAUCUGGUGGUUAGUUUUCAGUUAAACUAAAUGAUCAUUAUUUUUUGGGGGGUGGUCAUAUUAAUACAGUUAUGAUGACGAUCUGAUCUUUUGGGUGACCAUUUCAGACCAUUUUAUUCAGUAAACAGCAUCUCAGUCUUCAAGGAAUAUGGGUUUAGUUAUUCAGAGGAGCGGGAUUAAUUGACCACAGAGAGCAAAAAAAAUCAGUUUUUUUUUUUUCUUGUCCUGGUUAAGAUUUUUUUACACGGUGUUCUAAAAGGUCAACGUUUUUUGUUUCUCAGUGUUAUUUUUUUUUAAUGCAAUAUUAAAUUGGAAGUGGGAGUCAGCAGUUCAGUAUUUGACAGUAUUACGUACUCCCUCAGCAAUGUUACAAAGCUGAUUAUGUGGUGGUUGGUAAAUCACGAGUACAGAUAUUGUACCAUAUUCAGUCUAUGGCCUGCCAAUAUGUAUAAUAAUGUAAUUACAGCCAUUGUUACAGGUUUAUAAUGUAUUUUUCUAGCUUUAUUUUAUAUGUAUAUUCUAAAACAUUUCUGACUUUCUUUAUUUCUGAUGGAACCCCUUGUAAGAUUUUUUUAAUAGCCCCUCCCCACUGCAGCUUUUCUCCUGGCCUGUCAUUGGGAGUAUUGCCUUUCCUAGAUUUCCAAUUACUAGCUUGUUAACUCAUUAGCCACUUUAUUAGUUCCCUUUGUUACAAGUGUUUUUUACAUGCUUGCAUUUAGUUUCAUGGUGUUUUGCUGGUUUUUUUUUUUGUUUGUUUUUUUUUUCUUAUUAACAUCCUGGCAUUUAUUUUAAUAAACAUUCUAGUAAGAAUUUUACUAACUUGCUGAUAUUUAUUUUUUGUCUUGUGUUUUUAACCUGUUUUAAUGAAUGUACAGUCUGGAUCACUGGACUAACCAAUUAAAUCAGUGUUUGUUUGGCCACAGACGCACACUCACUCACUCACUCACACACACACACACACACACCUAAAGACUUGCUGACAUUUCAUCUCAAUUAAACGCUAUUUGUCUUGCCGGUCUACCUUUGCACUGUAUAGGAGAAUCGAGAGCUGCUUAAUGAUUGGUAUGAAACUCGGAGUGGUUGAGCUGUACCAACAAGAGCAUUUGGGAUCAAACUUUUUAUUUUAUUUUUUUCCAUUAAAACUUACUUUUAGCUUUCUCUGUUGCCUACAAGCAAAAGCACAUGUUUGUGUACUAAUUUUUUCAAUCCAGUGUUGGUGCUUCUUUCUUUCACUAAUGUAAGGUGUAAUUAAACACAGGUGCACAAGCAAUAAUUAACUUAUUAAUCACUCCCUCUUUAACCCUUUGAGUGCUGAAGGAACACUGUUUGCACUGUUGUAUAUGAAUGCUGUAAUUGCACAUUGACGGUCCUGUUUUGUUGUUGGAACAGCAUCUUCAAAUCUGUACACUCUUGUUUUGAACCCCUUUUAUUUGCUGUUAAAUUAAUGCUGUCUGAAUUGGGAGUGAUUACAUAACAGUAGCCCCUGAGAACCAGUUAUGUGCCACACUGUGACCCUCUCCAUCCAAGAAUAAUUUAGGAGAACUGUCCUGGGUAAAAUAGGGAUUAUUUUCCAUCACUAAUUUAAAUGUGUAGUGUUGACUCUCUUUCACAAUUCUCUAAAAAUAAGUAAUUUGAGAUACCAAGUGUUUCGACUCCAAAACUUGAAUAGCAUUAAACUUUUAAGGAAGACCUCAUUGACUUAGAAUCAUCAAUCAUACAUUUGUUUAGUGUCUUCCUUCACCAGCACUGAUGAUGGUAUUAGUUUAUCGUCUUGUAUGUUUUACAUCAGAUUUUUUAAGCCACCUCAGACUCUUGGCUUCUCAAAUUCUGAAUUCUCAUUCACAUUUAGUGCCUAGUGCCUUCUCCAGGACACUUCUGAUCUUGAUAACAGAGUAAAUAAUUGCAAUAUCUCCGUUCCACUUCCAAAUUACUUCCGUUGUUCCUAGGUGAUAAAGUGGAAUCAGCUAACUGCUUUUUCAUAUCAUAGUCUCACAUAUUAUCUUGCACCGUGUCAAGUACAGAUCUCAUGCUGGCACAGUCCGCAUCCCAGAAUCAUUUAAAAACAUUCCUGUUUUACCAAAAGCCAGAGUAAUUAAAAUGUUAAAACCAAAUCAAUAGCACUCAAAAGGUUAAAGUCCAUGCUACCAAGUGGAGAGGCGAAAACUAAAUUCCUACAGGGUAUUCUACCAAUGUGCUUUACAUGAAACUGCUUGUAUAAUAAUAAAUUAAUUCAUGUGAGUGUUUUAACGUUCUGUACAACAGCAGUGGUUUUUAAAAGUUUGUUAUGAGAUUAGGGAAACACUAAAUGUGAGGUUUAAUACGUUUUUCAAAAUAUUUUUUGAGCUCUAUAUAUAAAGGUCUAUUUAUGUACAGUAGUUUAAAAAAACAAAUUUCGUAGGAAAAAAAACAAACAUUUGUAAUGCCAGAAAUGUUGAUCACACCAAAAACAGCAAUGCUGAUGAUGUGUGCAAUAAAGUAAAAUGUUACAAGUGGAA